AUGUCUGGACUCGAGGCUCUUUCGCUAGUCUGCAGCAUCAUGCAGGUUAUUUCCUUUACCAAAGAGCUCAUCACGACCUGCAAAGACAUUUACGAGGGCCGCGCUACAGCCGAUGAUCAGCUGCAAGAGAACACGGCAUCAAUCAAGAGUUUAUUGGAUGAUAUGAAUCAAUGUUCUGGCUCUGUUCAACAACGCACCCAAAAUGAAAGAGAUCUUCAUGAGAUAGCUCGAAAGUGCAGCAUCGCAGCUCAAGAUCUGGAAACCGAAAUACAGCGACUCACUCGAUAUCAUAAGCCUGGAAAUGUUGUGAAGGCACUUGUGGGAGGAAUCAAAUCGAUUACACGUGAAAGAAAGAUUAAAGAGCUUUCUAAAAGUUUUCGCCAAUACCAAGAAACUUUAGAGACGCAUAUACUGGCUCGUAUAUGCACGAAGACCGAUGCAUUGCAGAUUCAACAACGAGACAAUUUUAAAGAGCUAUCGGGGACUUUGCAGCAUUUCAUUUCCCAGAUCGCAGCUGGUCACACUGACGUGGCUAAUCUUAUAAACCGACACGGAAAUGAAACCAAGCAACAAAUACAACAAUCCGAGAUGGGUGUAAAAACUCUAAUCAACGCGCGCCACGUCGAGGCGGAUAUGGAAGCGAAGCGAAAUCGCCUCCUUCAGAGCCUAAAAUUCGAGUCCAUGAAUGCACGGCGCACUGAAAUCAAGAUUGCAAAUGAAGCGACAUAUGUCUCAUUUUUUAAAUCACUUGAAUUUGAAAAUGAACCGACUUCUGGAUCUGCUGCAGUAGCUUGGGUAAAUUUUGUCAAAUGGCUUGAAUCUGAUGAGCAAUGUUUUUGGAUUCAGGGAAAGCCAGGUGCGGGCAAAAGCACGCUCGUAAAGUUUCUACUUCAACAAGAAAAUACAAAAAAAGCGCUUGAUAAAUGGAACCAUAACUCUAUCAUUGUUUCUCACUUCUUUUGGAAGCCAGGAAAUAUUCUACAGAGAAAUUUCAGGGGAUUGCUGUGUUCUUUAAAUCAUCAUCUUCUGUCAGCCGAACCAAGUCUCAUUGAUCAGAUAUUAUCAGAAUUUAAGUCUACCAGAGAGAACGACUCAAUAGGAGACUGGGAGCUCUCACACUUGAUGGACAUCUUCAAAUACACAUUGGCAAAUUGCAAUAGACCAAUUUUUUUUCUUAUCGACGGCGUUGAUGAAGCGAUUGAUGCAGAGGAAGUUCUCAAAUUUUUAACAUCUAGCAUCACCUUGCGCAACACCAAAUGGUGUAUUUCUAGCCGCGGUGAAGAUAUAUUCCAGCAGGCCUUCUCCGAGUACAAUGGCUUCAAACUCCACGAAUACACUAGAGAUGAUAUGUUCAAUUUUGCUAGGAAAGAGAUUCAACGCACGCUAAGAAGCAUCCAAGAAUAUGAGAAUACGUAUCCAAAGGAUUUUUUGACGGAAUUGCAAUACUCUCUAGUAAAUAAAGCAGAGGGUGUUUAUCUUUGGCUAGUCCUAGCACUUGAAAGUAUCAAAAGAGGACUUCGGCACAACGAUAGGAAAGACGUUAUACUAUCUCGCUUAAGAAAACUGCCAACCGGACUCGAAGAGCUAUAUGCGGAUAUGUGGGGCAGACUAGGUGAAGACAAAGAUAUAUAUCAGAGGGAAGCAGCACACUAUUUCAAUUUACUCAUCAUAUAUCGGACUUUACUUGCAAAGUACCAAAAAGAAUAUACCCCAACUUUCUUCGAAUGGCCUAUGACGCCUUUCCAAAUGAUGCUUGCUCAAGACGAUGAAUUACAACGAAAUUUAUUAGAUCAAUCAUAUGAAUUGCAGCUUUCGAACUUUUGUGCCGGUUUGCGAGUCAGAGAAGAAUAUUCCCAGUUGAAAAAACAUGCUACGAGCAAGAUAGAAUUUAUUCAUAGAACUUUGUUCGACUUUCUGACAGACACGGAAUCCGGAAGGGAUAUUUUGGCACAAGCCCAAGCAGAUCAUGUUCAUGUACAACUUGCAACUAUCAUGCUCUGCCAACUCCGGAUUAUGGAAAAUAUUGUCAGCAAGCCAUAUUUCGUUCAUUAUCAAAGCGAACUGGACAUCGGGGCUUGCUUACAUUAUUUUCGCUGGUUGCUAAGCCAAGCACAGAGAAAGGAUAGUUUCUCACACGAAAGGGUAUAUAAGACUCUACUACCCGCCUUCGAGACUCUCUUCGAAGCCAGUCUUAUACCGUGGGAUCAGCGGCCAAAGAGAUGUCCUAGACCAUGCUUUGACACUCUUCUACUUGACGAUCCUGCCUUCCAGCAAUUCACGAGAGAGCGAUUGAAGAGCAAGGGGGCAUCAUAUGCUACGUGUGUGCUUCGAGAAUGCAUCGUUCUUAGAGAAACUGGGCUCUUUUUAUAUCCUGGUCCCCGUGUUGAUUUGGUGGAAUUAUUUCAUGAUUUGGGUGCUGAUGUAAACUCCACAGACGCUUGCUUUUGCGAGCCACCGGUCGACGUUGGACAAUUCGCUGGAUGCUUCAGGUAUGAAUCAGCAUUGAGCGCGGUUAUAAAGGCAUCUUUUAAUGACAUGCGAGUACAUACAUCAGGUGCUCACGCUGUUUUAUUGAAACUUUUGGUGGCAUUCCUAGAAAAUUCACCCAACCUAGAUACGCACACCUCCUGUCUCUUCACAUCAGACGAGAGUGAAAAUAAAGAUUUGGCUGAAGCCGCCGAUGAUCUUUAUGGGGAUUCUUUUUCUGCAGCUAUUAUUAUGGAGGUAAACUUGAAAUACCUCGUCGAGGUUUUUUUGAGAGGAUUUUCCUCCAAUGAUGCAGCCAUAAAUGUUCUCAGAACCCGUGCCGAGAAGCUGGUUCAGCUAGAGGGCAGCAAAACACUCAAGUAA